AUGACACUCGUGUCUGAGUACGCUCAUGAUGACUGUCAGUACGCACUAGAAAGAUGCCUACAUCUUGACAGUUGCAAAAUGCAUAUGCAGAAUAUCAGCGAAUUUGGCUGCGAUUUUUCGCCCGAAGGCGUCACCGAAGAAAAUCGAGAAGAAACUUGUAUCUCUCACUAUGGAGCAAAUAAGCACAGAGAAUGUGCGUUUACAUACAGUAGAUUGUUCUGGGAAAAAGAGCUGAUGCGGGCAUACUUGGGCGAAUGCACGUGCAUGAGGCCAAGUGAAGAUCCAUACAUGACGCCGGAAAAAUAUCUCGAUUGCAAGAGAAACUGGAAAGCGGCAUUUGAAAAUCCCUGUUUUCGACCCGAGUCGCACCAUACACAAGCACUUGAUGAAGGAUCCAAUCCUUAUAACAGGCAAAAACACAGGGAAUGUAUGGCCGGCUUCAAAUUAUGCACAACGAACAUGGAUGCGCACGAUUGUGGAAUGCCCCUUAUCAAUAUUUCAAUAAAUUGCGGAACGGAUGAGCAGGGAAACUGUGUCAACGGCAAUGGCAGAUGUAUCGAUGCGUUGGCGAACUUCUUCUUUGAUUCCGUCGAUCCAGCGUGGACAAAGCUCAUUUUCACCUGCUGCGAGCACGAAAAUGACUGUUACGGCUUUCCAGAGCAGGUUUUUUCGCCCUGGAAAUGCUUGAAGAAAAAUCCGUUUUAUUCCUGUUUGGCAGUGAAGGAAGAAUGCGAUGCGAUCGAGACAUGCAAGAGGCACAUGGAUGCGAUCAUGAAUGAAGAUGUUUGCCCAGGAGCAGUUCAUCAGAAAAUUUUGAACCCCGAACGACACGAUUGCCCAAAAAUUUUGAAUCAAAAUUGUGCGAAUUCGUUAAAUCAAGUUUCUCUCUGGUACUGUAGCUGUGAAAAUCUUGAUGGUUACUUUCAACAGCGGAAUAUGACAAGUAUAACCCAAGAGCAAAAAGACGCGGCUAGGAAAGAAUGUAUGAUUCAAAAGGGCAUUUUUACGCACAACGAGUGUUUGGAAGAUCAUAUCGCUAAUAAUCCACAUACAGAAAUAAUAGGAGGAACAGUAGUUCCAAGCUCAACGGUCCCAAGAGAAGAGGGCGACAACAUGACAAAAUUCAUCGUAAUAAUUUUUAUUCUUUCGCUUUGCAUGGUUGUUCUCGCUCGACUCCGAUGGACAAGAAAGAUUUUGAACCUCAGAAUUCCAUCAUCACGUGACAUGUUCAUGCGCAGCUCCGACGAUGGUCGAAUAAUCAACAACAGUUUUCCAAAUUCGAGACCUCCACCGACAGCGCCUGAUUUUGAGCAACUGAGAAACAAGGAAAUGCCGCUGCCAACUGCAAGAAUUUGA